AUGGAAGUACGGGACAUGACGGACGCGGCAGACGGCAUGGAAGUACGGGACACGGCGGACGCAGCUCCCUCCAAAAAGACGUUCAUGGGUAAAAUCUUCAAAGUUCGGAAGCGGAGAGAGAAGCUGUUUGUGCAGGUCUGCUUCGUCUGCAGCGUCCUGUUUGUGGCAUGGUCCAUGUCUGUGGUGCUGAGCAAGACAGUCACGUUUCCUUGGGAGACUGAUAGCGGUGCAUGGCCAUGUGUGGAUGCCGCAGUGUGUGCCGAUGGACUGGGCACGUUUUUUGAUUCCGGAGCCAACGAGAGGGAGCUCCGUGGGGCGGCAGGGAAGGGACGCGGCCGGGGAUAG